UCUGGGGGAAAGCCCUGGGCUGAGCUCUGCGCGGCUCCGCCGAGUCCAGGUGUGGCCACGCCCCCACUUCAGGCAGCUGGUAGGAGUGAAUCAGACGAAUGGGAAAUCUUCUGCAGGGAGGGGAGAGGAGCCGCCGGUCUGGUUAACACAGACUGAAAGUGCAGCCGUGACACUCGGCCCUCCAGUGUUGCGGAGAGGCAGAGCAGCGCGCAGCACCUGUGCGCCGCCGCCGAGAGCCGGGACGCGGGCGCCCGGGCGGCCGUAGGAGAGGAGGGACCGCCGAGGUGCGCGUCAGUCCUCAGCCCGCGAGGGAACGCGGAGGAAAUGCGGACUGUGUAGGGAUGAGCGACACUUAUCUCAGAUGUUGGAUAUUUGCUUGGAAAAACGUGUGGGUACGACCUUGCCAGCGAUUGUUAGGACAUUUUAAGACCUUGCUUCUUCAAGGCAAUCUUCUUUAUACGGCUUUUGGCUCUUACUCAACUGUCCAGGCUGCCCCGAAGUGUAGCUCCAGUGCUGUGAGAUUUCACGAGUUGGCAGAAGGGACCGAGGGGACCAUGAAAAUGGACAUGGAGGACGCGGAUAUGACUCUGUGGACGGAGGCUGAGUUUGAAGAGAAGUGUACAUACAUUGUGAACGACCACCCCUGGGAUUCUGGCGCUGAAAGAGGGACUUCGGUUCAGGCAGAAGCAUCCUUACCAAGGAAUCUGCUUUUCAAAUAUGCCACACACAGCAAAGAGGUUAUUGGAGUGGUGAGUAAAGAAUAUAUACCAAAGGGAACCCGUUUUGGACCUCUAAUAGGUGAAAUCUACACCAAUGAUACAGUUCCCAAGAACGCCAACAGGAAAUAUUUUUGGCGGAUCUAUUCCAGAGGGGAGCUUCACCACUUCAUCGAUGGCUUUAACGAGGAGAAGAGCAACUGGAUGCGCUACGUGAAUCCGGCGCACUCUGCCCGGGAGCAAAACCUGGCUGCGUGUCAGAACGGGAUGAACAUCUACUUCUACACCAUUAAGCCCAUCCCUGCCAACCAGGAGCUUCUUGUGUGGUAUUGUCGGGACUUUGCAGAAAGGCUUCACUACCCUUAUCCUGGAGAGCUGACAAUGAUGAAUCUCACACAAACACAGAGCCAUCCAAAGCAGCAGAGCACUGAGAAAAAUGAACUUUGCCCAAAGAGUGUCCCAAAGAGAGAGUACAGCGUGAAAGAGAUCCUAAAAUUGGACUCCAACCCUUCCAAAGGAAAGGACUUCUACCGUUCCAACAUUUCACCCCUCACUUCAGAAAAGGACAUGGAUGACUUCAGAAAAAAUGGGAGCCCCGAAAUGCCCUUCUACCCUCGGGUGGUCUACCCGAUCCGGGCCCCUCUACCGGAAGACUUUCUGAAAGCUUCCCUGGCCUAUGGUAUGGAGAGGCCAACUUACAUCACUCACUCGCCCAUUCCAUCCUCCACAACGCCCAGUCCUUCAGCAAGAAGCAGCCCCGACCAGAGCCUCAAAAGCUCCAGCCCUCACAGCAGCCCGGGGAACACGAUGUCGCCCCUGGCUCCUGGCUUUCAAGAGCACCGGGACUCUUACACCUACUUGAACACUCCCUAUGGCACCGAAGGUCUGGGCUCUUACCCUGGCUACGCGCCGCCCCCGCACCUCCCAUCAGCCUUCAUCCCCUCCUAUAACGCUCACUACCCCAAGUUCCUCUUACCCCCCUAUGGCAUGAACUGCAAUGGCCUGAGCACCGUGGGCAACAUCAACGGAAUCAACAACUUUGGCCUCUUCCCAAGGCUGUACCCUGUCUACAGUAACCUCCUUGGGGGAGGCAGCCUGCCUCACCCCAUGCUCAACCCAGCCACUCUCCCGAGCUCACUGCCCUCCGAAGGAGCCCGGAGGUUGCUUCAGCCCGAACAUCCCAGAGAGGUGCUUGUCCCGGCGCCCCACAGUGCCUUCUCCCUCACCGGGGCCGCCGCCAGCAUGAAGGACAAGACGUGCAGCCCCACCAGUGGGUCCCCGACUGCUGGCACAGCUGCCACGUCAGAGCACGUGGUGCAGCCCAAAGCUACCUCAGCAGCGAUGGCAGCCCCCAGCAGUGAUGAAGCCAUGAAUCUCAUUAAGAACAAGAGAAACAUGACUGGCUACAAGACACUUCCCUACCCCUUGAAGAAGCAGAAUGGCAAGAUUAAGUAUGAAUGCAACGUUUGCGCCAAGACUUUCGGCCAGCUCUCGAAUCUGAAGGUCCACCUCAGAGUGCACAGUGGAGAACGGCCUUUCAAAUGUCAGACUUGCAACAAGGGCUUUACUCAGCUCGCCCACCUGCAGAAACACUACCUGGUACACACGGGAGAAAAGCCACACGAAUGCCAGGUUUGCCACAAGCGAUUCAGCAGCACCAGCAAUCUCAAGACCCACCUGCGGCUCCACUCUGGAGAGAAACCUUACCAGUGCAAGGUGUGCCCUGCCAAGUUCACCCAGUUUGUGCACCUGAAACUCCACAAGCGCCUACACACCCGGGAGCGGCCCCACAAGUGUGCCCAUUGCCACAAGAGCUACAUCCAUCUCUGCAGCCUCAAGGUCCACCUGAAGGGGAACUGUCCUGCGGCCCCAGCCACGGGGCUGCCUUUGGAGGACCUGACCCGGAUCAACGAAGAGAUCGAGAAGUUUGACAUCAGCGACAAUGCCGACCGGCUCGAGGACAUGGAGAACAACAUCGAUGUGACCUCUGUGGUGGAGAAAGAGAUUCUGGCCGUGGUCAGAAAAGAGAAAGAAGAAACUGGCCUGAAAGUAUCUUUGCAAAGAAACAUGGGAAAUGGACUCCUCUCAGGGUGUGGCCUUUAUGAGUCAUCAGACCCAUCCCUCAUGAAGUUGCCUCACAGCAACCCACUACCUCUGGGACCUGUAAAGGUCAAACAAGAAACAGUCGAACCAAUGGAUCCUUAAGAUUUUCAGAAAAUAAAAAGUGUUUUGUUUUGUUUCUUAACUUAUGACUUGGCGAGUCAGGGUGCCUAUAGCAAACGCUUGUACAUAAUUCCAGUUCUGCAAAGCUCUCCUGACGGCAGAUGGUGGCCCCUCACCUCUCUGGAAUUAAAGAAGGAACUCCAAAAUUACGGAAAUCUCAGGGCAUAAAUGAGGCAAAGACAAUAUCUAUACAUAUUAUAUAUACUUAUUUACACCCCCAUCUAUAUAUUUGAACCUGUGUAUUUUGAAUAUUUGUGUGGAUAUGUUUGCAUAGCCUUCCCAUUGCUAAGACUAUUGCCUAGCCAUAAUUAUUUUUUCAAUGAUAAUCCUUCAUAAUUUAUUAAACAAUUUAUCAUUCAAAAAGCAAUAAUUAAAAAAGUUUACAAUGACUGGAAAAGUUCCUUGUAAUUUGAGUAUAAAUGUUAUAUUUUUUUCUUGUGGCCAUCUUUGUAGAUAAUUUCUGCACAUCUGUUUAAGUACCUAAGACUUAGUAAACAAAUACAUUACUUCAGUCCACCUCCAUCUAUAAUGCUUUGAAAAUGAGGUGUUGGUAUUCCCAAAGUUAGACAGUUGAUGUGUUAAUUCUUAGGAUUGUGUCAUGUGAACAGCAUUGUAUAACUUGGGGGUAUGUGUGCAGAAUUACCCAAUAAUAACUUCAGUAGAAGAAACAAGAAAGGGAAUCUUGUAUGUUUCUGUAGAUAGUUUGGACUUGUUUUUUCCCCUAGCCACAGAUUUACCAGAAAGGUGACAAGAAGGCUUUGCCAACCUGUCUCCCUCUCCAAAAAGCAAGGCCACCCCACCCCCGAAGUCAUAUGACCAUCCAGGGUGGUCGCCUGACUUUUAUAUCCCAAUGUAUUAUCUGAAAAUGUGAAGACAAAAAUGCCAUGUUGAAAACCACUGAGAAAUGGUCCCAAAGCACAGGUGUUUUUGUAUGUGUGAGGUUUGGGGGCUUGAGUCUGGGUGUUGUUUUUGUUGUUGGUUUUUUUUUGUUAUGUCAAAAUUGCACAAACAUGGUGCUCUACCAGGAAGGAUUUGAGGUAGAUAGGCCCAGGCCACACUUUAAAAACGACCAAAAAACGAAAAACGGGUAUUCUCGUUGUCUUAGGGUCAAAGCGGGUAAUGAACAUUCCUAUCCCCGACACAUCAAUUGUAUUUUUUUCUGUAAAACUCAGAUUUUCCUCAGUAUUUGUGUUUUUGCAUUUUGUGGUUAAUUUAAUUGAAGAUGAGAGGGCAUUGCAAAGUUGUUCAACAACAAUUACCUCAUUGAGUGUGUCCAGGAGUGCAAGAAAUGAUGUCUUAUCUAAUGAUUUGCUACUAGAGGAGAAACUAGGUGUGCUCCAGAAAGACAGAAUGGGUCUUAUUCUCUCUUUCACUCUGCUAAGCCCAAAGAUUACCUGUCAGCAUUCAAGGUGUAGCAAAGAAUGAUGUAUAUUUAUAAAUCUAUUUAUACCACUAUACAAUGUGUAUAUAUAAUAUAUUUAUAACCACUUAAAUUGUGAGCCAAACCAUGUAAAAGAACCUACUUUUUCUAAGGGCAAAAAAAAAAAAAAUCAAACUCUUUCUGAGACCUUGCUUAACACUCGAUGACCUUGCAAUUACAUUGGGGAGUUUGGGCACCCCCUUGCUAUUCUAAGAGACCCCAAAACCUUGGUGCAAAAGUGGAGACCGCAUAACAACCAAGGUUAGAGAGAGACACCGUUUUUUACUGUUAAAGACAAUCUAAGAUGGCUUUAUUUUUGUUUUGCCACAUUAUCAUUAUGUGUCCCACCCAAGUCACAGAAAUAAAAAUCCCAUUAUUACUCCCUUAACCACUAACUUUUCUCUGUUCCUCUCCCUCCUUCAUAAGUCACUGACAUAUCCCUAAUCAAUCCGGUUUAUAGAUUCAGCAUUUUGUUCACGGCAACUAAUGCCAACUGGCGGAAAAGACCAACACGUUUAGGAUAAUCCAGGGAAACCUAAGAGCCUUACCAAUCUGUUCCUAUAAGUUGCAAAACUGACAAUUUUUUAUGUAUCACCGUUUGACAAACGCAGUCCUUAAUUGUAGGUAAACCAAAGCAUCACACGCUGACAUAGACACCAGCUCAUUUCUAUUCCCAGCCACUCAUAUGUUCUCUUUUCUCCCUUUUGGGCUUCCUUAUACGUGGGAAUUCUUACCAAGACCUGCACGGUGGCUUGAGACUGGCCUCUGUCAUCUGACUUUCCCUCUUAGGCCUCUUACAUGUGAAUGUUGAGCCCACAAUCAACAGUGGUUUUAUUUUUUUUUCCUCUACUCAAAGUUAAAACUGACCAAAGUUACUGGCUUUUUACUUUGCUAGAACAACAAACUAUCUUAUGUUUACGUACUGGUUUACAUUGUUAUUUAUGUGCAAAUUGUCAAAAUGUAAAUUAAAUAAUGUUCAUGCUUUACCAA